UUUGCAUUGGGACUCAAGUUGUCCACACACCUAAUGCGACAGUGAGCCUCAUUUUCUGUGUGCUUCAGUUCAGUUUUAUUUUUUAAGGAACUAAGAAUGGAUAACACCGGAGAAGCUGAUAUGGAUGAUCUGGAAACGGUUGAAUAUCUGGAGGAUAUGGAGGACAUGGAGGAUAUAGAGGCUGUGAAAGCCACUGAAGCUCUUGAAUCUGCUCCAGCUUACCCAGGGCAUCCAGCAGAUUACACAGGAAGAGAAAUGACCCACAACCAAGGAUACAAUUCAUCUCCAUAUCCCAAUAUUCAAAUGGGAUACACCUCAUACCCAGAGCCGGGAGUUAUUACAAACUUUCAGGGAGCUCCAAAUCAAGGGAUGUAUCCUCAGGUUAACAGUCCAAACCCUGGGAUGUAUCCUCAAGCUAACACUCCAAACCAUGGGAUGUAUCCUAAAACUACCACUGUAACCACCACAGUGAUGCACCCCAGCCUGCGUGAUUUACCCGCUCAAACCAUGUGCCCUCACUGUAAGCACCAGGUGAUCACUAUUACAGAUCACUACUCCGGGCUCAUGGCCUGGACGGCCUGUGGCUGCCUCGCCCUCAUCGGGUGCUGGCCCUGUUGUCUAGCACCUUUCUGGAUGGAUUCAUGUAAAGACGUGGAGCAUCGCUGCCCAAACUGCAACAACAUCUUGUCUUUCUACAAGCGUCUGUGAUCUGGAAUUAAACAUGUACCUCUUGGUCUUUGAUUUUAAUGGGAUCUAAUAGGUUAAUAAAUUUUUUAUUUUUUUUCAAAUAAUUAUGCCACUAUUACGACACAUGUAGUAAGAAUAUAUGGUAAGUACAUUGUAUGAAAUAUUUAUGAAUAUGAAAUAUUGUAUGAAAUAGAAUAUUUAAAACUGUUGUAAAAACUUCUGUCAGAACUCUAAA